CCCAAAUCAAUUUGUUAUUUAAUCCGUUCACCUUCCCUUCAUCUCCGGCAUUGCUACGGUAUAUAUUCCAGCUCUCUUCUUCUCUGCGACCUCGUAUCAUUGACCAGCCUCUCGGAACUUAUUUACGUCCGAGUAUUUUAAAGAAAUCUACUCUGUUCUGAUCCGCAAGUGUCUCCUGUUAUUUGCUCCACUAUCUGAACCAUAUUCAACAUGUCCGCCGAAGAAUCAGUAGUAAAUGGCAAGGCGCCCGCUCAGCCCGGUAGCCACCAUGACCGUGGACACUCCGGUCUUGUCAGUGUCCAACCUGCGCGCUUGGCUGAUCUGCAGCCGAAGUAUGCGCAGAAGCUUGAGCACGAUGUUGAAAACCCAGAGGCUCAUGGGUGGUAUGCAGGCCUCAUUCAUGGCCUUGGCGAAUUCAUUGGAUUCCUCGGUGCUAUCCCCUGCUGCGUCUGCUGCCCGAACCCCUAUAAGCCCGUGGCUCAAGGUGAAGUUGGUCUCGUGUCAAAGUUUGGACGCUUCGAACGUGCAGUCGACCCUGGUCUUGUUAAAGUGAACCCUCUGAGUGAGCACUUAACCGCAGUCGAUGUGAAGAUCCAGAUCGUCGAGGUGCCUCGUCAGGUCUGUAUGACCAAGGACAAUGUUACUUUGAACCUGACAUCUGUCAUCUACUACCAAAUCAUCUCGCCCCACAAAGCCGCCUUCGGUAUCAGCAAUGUACGACAGGCGCUUGUCGAGCGCACCCAGACCACUUUGCGCCAUGUCAUCGGAGCGAGAGUCCUGCAAGAUGUGAUUGAACGCCGUGAGGAGAUCGCCCAGUCCACCUCGGAGAUCAUCGAAGACGUAGCAGCUGGGUGGGGUGUGCAGGUCGAGUCCAUGCUCAUCAAGGAUAUUAUUUUCAGCGACGAUCUGCAGGACUCGCUUUCCAUGGCGGCCCAGUCUAAGCGAAUUGGUGAGAGUAAGGUCAUUGCCGCUCGCGCCGAAGUUGAAUCGGCCAAGUUGAUGCGUCAGGCCGCUGAUAUUCUUUCCUCUGCUCCCGCUAUGCAAAUCCGGUACCUCGAGGCAAUGCAAGCAAUGGCCAAGACUGCAAACAGCAAAGUCAUAUUCUUGCCCGCCAUGAACCAAUCUGUGCAACAACAACUUGCCGCUGCUGACAAUGCCGGCGAGGGACCUAGCCGCUAUGGAACCGGCAAUGUAGAUGACGGUUUUCAGCGCGCUAUGAACGCACGAGUGGUCGAGGAUAUUUGAAGAACGAAUCCUCCCGAAUUCCAAAGAAUACGAGAUGACUGAUUUGGAACGACAUACGGUAAUUUUGAUUGAAUAUUUUCAACUGCGUGUUCUAUAAUGAUGAGGCCUUUCGCAGACAGUUUAGUGGCUUUCUAUACAUUCUAAUCUUGGUUUUUUUUUUUUUUUUU